UUUUACAGUCAAUAAACGAACGAUGCAGUUCCAUCUGGGAAAGACUGCUCGGUUUAUAACACAUUUCCUAAAUUUCUGGCUGUUUUCUUCUAUUCAGCGUGAGCUAGCAUGUUGAGGUGGUCCCUGCGUUAGAGGCUUCAAAAUCUCACUACCGUAUAAGUACCUACAGAGGCAUGGGCCUAAAUCCGAGUCCCGGGCUGGGAUUGAGGGGGAAGGGAUGUGUAUUCCCCUUAAUUGUAGGGGGGAAUCGGCCCCUUCCUACCUCAAUACACGAACGAUGCAGUUCCAUAUGGGAAAGAUUGUUCGGUUUAUGACAUUUCCUGAAUUUCUGGCUGUUUUCUUCUAUUCAACAUAAGCUAGCAUGUUGAGGUGGUCCCUUUAAUUAUGUACUGCGUUACUGGCUCCAAAACCUCACGACCGUACAAGUACCUACAGGCAUGGGCCUAAAUCCGAGUCCAGGGCUAGGAUUGAGGGUGAGGGAUGUGUAUUCUCCCCUCCUUCCUCCAUGAUUGUUGGGGAAUCGGCCCCCGCACACAUAUGUUUUUGUGAUGAGUAUCAAAAAGUAAUUGUGAAGAAGUCGUCUGCUUUCCAAGGAUAGCAAGUAUUUAAUACCUCAUCAACACCACUUGAAAAGUUCAAGUAAUUUCAAAAAGCCCUAUGACAACUGUACGCUGUUCCCAUUAAGCAUGCAGUUAAUACAUCAAUAUCGUGGACGUUACCCCCUCCAUAAAGAUUCAUGUAAGACUAAGAGUUUUGCAAGAUCCCCCCAAUCUCUCACUGUUUUAAAGUUAGUUUAAUUUGACAUCUGUUUAGAUUUUAAGUUGUUUUAAUUAAUUCAACUUGAUCAGUAGAAUUUUUGAAAGUUUACUGCAGCUACAUAACUGCAGAGCCCGCAGUUUGAAAAUAAUACCAUGUAAGGAAAUUUGAGAACCAGGGACUUCCAACGGGCAGUGGGUGUGUUCAGCCUAAUUGGCCGAAUUAGCUUUGGUUGCGUUAAAUUACAUGCACCUGUUACGGGCUUUGUUAACUUUCCCUUUGGGCUUACCUCCCUAAAAAUGGAUAGCGCCAACGGCUGGGGCGCGGCACAGACAGUGCCUAUUGUAUGUACACAUCCAUGUAAAUUGUACAUCUGGGAUUAUUAUACCGUGCGUACCGUCACGGUAGCCCAAGGUCUAAAAUUACACAAUUUGUAGAGGAAUAGUGGCGCCAUGGAUCGAUGUCGCAGAAAAACCAAAAAAGCAUGCAUGGAUUUGAAAGAAGCUAUUUCAUCAGUGAAUCUGCAAAAGGACCCUGAUGGACUUGUUGAGAAAAUGACAAGUUCAAAAGGCAGAGGUGUAUUUGCCCGUCAAACAUUUGAAAAAGACGAUUUUCUCCUUAUUUACCAUGGGGAGAGAGUAACCGGAAAGGAGGGAUUGCUGCGAGAGGAAAAAACACCAAGUGUGUUUCGCUUUUUCUUCACACAUAACUUCAAAGGGAAAGAACUUAGAUUGUGCAUUGAUGCUACAGAGGAACCACAAGAAGGGCUUAGAUUGGGCAGGCUCGUCAACCACGGUGACAGAUAUUUAAGAAAUGCUAAGAUAAAAGUUAUAGAGGUAGAUGGCUCUCCAUAUCUAGCACUGUUUGCCACCAAAACCAUUAGACGUGGGGAGGAGAUUUUAUAUGAUUACGGAGUUCCAGAGAAGGACUUGCCGUGGAACAAAAAGCUACCAGUACCUGCCCAGACCCAUUCUACGGAUGCCACCACUGAGGACUGUUGUGGAGAUACGCGUACUGCACCUGAGGGUCAGUCUGGAUAUGCUGCAAUUGAGGACCAUUCUGGAGAUUUUCCAGCUAUAGCUCAUUCUGGAAAUGCUCUAACUGAGGCAUACUCUGGAGGUGUUACAAUUGCGGUCAACUGUGGAGGUGCUCCAGCAGAGGCCCAUUCUAGAAAUACCGCCGCUAAGGCCCAGUCUGAAGAUACUCCAAUUAAGGCCUGCUCCAGAAAUCCUGCAGAUGAUGGUCAAUCUGGAGAUGCUGGAGCCAAGGCCUAUUGCCACGAUUAUCCAAACGAGACCCACUCCGGAGAUGCUGCUGCGGAGUCCCACCUUGGAGAUGCUCCAAUUGAGGCCUGCUCCAGAAAUGUUGCAGUUGAUGGCCAAUCUGGAGAUGCCAGUGCCAAAGCCUAUUGUCAAGAUGCUCCAAAUGAAGCUCGGCCCAGGAAUGGCGCAGCUGCUGAGCCCUAUCAUGCCUAUUGUAGAAAUACUUCCAUUGUGACCAGUUCCAGAAAUGUCAGUGAUUCCCACUCAAUAACUGCUGCUGCUAAGGACCACUCUGGGGAUGAUCCCAGUGAGGAUUGCAAAAAGUCAUACAGGGAUGUUGUGUUACGUGAUGACGAUACAAGGGAUGUAAAAAUGCUGUCUGGAGACUCCAAGGAUGUGCCCUCUGAUAGUGAGUCUGGGAGUUUGUCCUGUGAGAGUAGCUCCAGAGAAGAGCUCUCUAACGGUAACUCAGAGGAAAUCUCAGAGGAAAUGCUGUCUGACAGUGAUUCCAGGGGUGUGCUCUCUGAUGUGGACUCAGAAAAUUCUGCUUCUGUUGACCCAGUGGAAGGAUUUUUAACACAAAAAGGAGUCCAUCAGGGCUGUCAUGACCCCCCUAAGGCUUCCACAAGACCCGUUGAGUCCUACUUUGCAGAUGCUGUCAAUGAAGCUAUCACAUCUGCCACUAAGACCCGCUGUCAAGGUGCUCCAGUUGAGGCUUUCUCCAGAAACCCUGCUGCUGCUCUUACCCAUGCAGAAAUCUGUUCUCGAGAUGUUGCUACUGAGACUUGCUCCGGUUCUGUGGACUCAGUUGUGGGUUGAAGAACAACGAAAAGUACCAAAAUUUCGGCCCAAACGUCCA